AUGGCUCUACCCCCCGGCCUCCAAGCUCUCGCCAUCGGCCCCAGUAAUGCGGCUGCAACAGUCGAGUUCGGCAUCGACUACCUAUGUCCCUUCUCCGCCAAGCUAGUCAUCGGCGUACAGCAUCAUCUCCUCCCCCUCAUCUUCGGCAGCUCUGCCCCAUGGGAGGGUAAAGUCCGCAUCGUCCUUCGCCCCUACCCUCAACCAUGGCACGCCUCCUCGACCCUCGUCAACGAAGCCGCCAUAGCCGCCGCCAAGAUUUCGCGCAUUUCCGAGCCCGAGGUCAUCCAAGAUCCAAAGACGAAUGCAUUCUGGAUCUUCUCCCAAUCCCUCAUGGCAAAGCAGGACGCCUACUUCGACGGACCCUCACGAAAUCGCAAUCCGGAUCAACUGCGCGCAGAUCUUGCAAAUUUGGCAGUAGCCGUCUUGGGCGAAGCGCCAAAGAAGAGCAAGUCGACGCCCAUUGUCAGCUUGCCCUCUGGUCAGCCUUUGGGUCAAACUGUGAGGAAUUUGUUGAAAGUAGGGGAGGGGAAUGAGGGGAGCAAAGUUGUGCCCGAUCUGAAGUAUUGUGUCAAGUAUGGGAGACAGAACGGUAUUCAUGUGACACCUACCGCUAUCUGGAACGGUCUCAUCGAACCGUCCAUCUCGAGCUCGUUUGGGGAAAAGGAGUGGCGCGACUUCCUUGAGAAGAAUGUGGGGCCUCCAGUUUCCACGGUGGCGCUUCUCCAUCGACUGCGCGGUCUUCUUGGCGCUACCAGGACCCCAUCAAGCAUACCAUCCACCGUCACGAGCCUCGCCAUGUCCACUUCCCAAGCACCCUCCACACCUCAUGGUCGCGCCGGCCUCAUGCGCAUCGCCGUAGUUCAGAUGACGCCGCACCACUCCAAUCCCUCUGCCUCACGUCAGCGUUUGCUAGACCUGACGGCUCACCUGAGCAAGUCAGAUGGGAUUCACCUACUCAUCGCACCGGAGAUGGCUUUGACUGGGUACGUGUUCGAGGGGGAAGCAGGCAAGGCAAAGAUCAGGGGGAUGGCCGAACGUUUUGGCAGCCGCGAGGCCUUUGCUGGGGAAUCGACGGCGCACAGCGUUGCGCGUGAGAUAUCUCAACGCUUGGGAUGUCACACCCUCAUCGGGUACCCGGAGGUCGUACUUCCUGGCGAUGGCGAGGCAGCCGUGGCUGCAAAGCCGGUGGAUCGUCGGCCCACCCUUGCAGGCGAGCGUACAGACGUCGCUGACUCGAGGUCAUCAUCAUCAUCGUCGCCCUACUACUACAAUUCUGCCCUGCUUACUUCACCCCAGGGCGAGGCCCUGCAUACCUUCCGCAAGCACUUCCUCUUCGACGCCGACGUCCUCUGGUGCGACGAGGGGCCCGGGUUCCAAUGCAUCGACCUGACCCUAGACGAUCAGGAGGGCCAUCGACGAUCCGUCAGGGUGGGCGUGGCCAUCUGCAUGGAUAUCAACCCCUACCGUUUCCAGACGCCCUUCGAUACAUUCGAGCUCACGCGAUGGGCGCACGAGCGGAAGGUCGACGUGUUGGCGAUGCCCAUGGCGUGGUUGACGGAUUACGGCGAUGAGCAUGUGGCACAGCAUGCGGAAGAGACGAAUCUGGAUUCGGUCAAUUAUUGGGCGGCGAGGUGUGAACCCUUCUGGAGGAAGACAGGCGAUGGGCAUGAUACGGAGAAGCACACCAUCUUGGUCACGGCGAAUCGAACGGGCAAGGAGGGAGGCUCUUCGUCGGUCCUCUCCUUCAAGCCGGGAGACAGGCCUACACUGAUGGUCUCCCUCGGCCAAGCGCAAGAGGCCACCUUCGUCUACGAGCACCAUCUGGGCGUGUCUACAUAG